AAAGGUUUUGGAAAUCACAGCAAAGAGCAGAAAAAUAAGGAAAGUAGAGAGGCAGAGAGAGAAACAAAAUUAGGGCGCCAAUUUUAACCCUGUCGACCACAUUUUGGCGCUCUAAAAUCCCGAAUUUCUCUCUCUCAACAUCUCUUACUCUUCUCUCUUUAUAAUCCCCAUUUUUACUUUCUCUCUCUGUAUAAAUCUCUCCGUCUCUGUCUAGGAAUCUCUCAUUUUCUCUUUUUAAGUGAAAAAAUAAUGGUGAAACCAGCGGAGCAGGUAGCUGUAGGAGGUGGAGGAGGGUCGCAAGUAAGAUGUGCAGGAUGUAAAAUGAUAUUAUCAGUAGCAUCAGGAAUGGUUGAAUUUAUAUGUCCAAGUUGUCAAUUACCACAAAGAUUACCACCUCAACUUCUUCUUAUGAGAAAUAGUAGUAAUAAUAAUCAUUUACAACAACUACCACCAAUUCAAACUCAUGGGGUUGAUCCAACUAAGAUUCAACUUCCUUGUGCUCAUUGUAAAGCUAUACUUAAUGUACCACAUGGUUUGUCCAGGUUUUCUUGUCCACAAUGUGGUAUUGAUCUUGCUGUUGAUCUUACUAAGAUCAAACACCUUAAUCAACUUCCUCUUCCACAUCAACUUGAAGACGUUAACGAGGUGGCUGUAGAUGUGGAGCGAGAAGAAGACGAAGGUGGCUUGGCUGGAGAAACAUUUACAGAUUAUCGUCCUCCCAAGGUAUCAAUUGGUCCUCCUCAUCCAGAUCAUGUUGUGGAAACAUCAUCUCUGUCAGCAGUGCAGCCACCAGAACCUACAUAUGACCUAGAAACCAGGGAGAACUUGGAGAGUUCAAAAUCAUUAUCUUGCUUGCAGAUUGAGACAUUAGUGUAUGCUUCUCAGAGACACCUUCAGCACCUAGAAGGUGGUGCUAGGGCAGGAUUUUUUAUCGGCGAUGGAGCUGGUGUGGGUAAAGGUCGAACAAUUGCUGGAUUGAUAUGGGAGAAUUGGCAUCAUGGGAGGAAAAAAUCAUUGUGGAUCUCCGUGGGGUCAGACCUGAAGUUUGAUGCACGGAGAGAUUUGGAUGAUGUUGGUGCCACAUGUAUUCAAGUGCAUGCAUUGAACAAGCUUCCUUACUCUAAGCUUGAUUCGAAGUCCGUUGGCAUAAAGGAGGGAGUUGUUUUCCUGACAUACAGCAGCCUCAUAGCAUCAUCUGAGAAAGGACGUUCUCGUCUCCAGCAGCUUUUGCAGUGGUGUGGGUCGGAAUAUGAUAGUCUGGUGGUGUUUGACGAGUGCCACAAAGCUAAGAAUUUAAUUCCUGAAGCUGGAUCACAACCAACUCGAACAGGAGAAGCAGUUCUUGAGCUUCAGGAUAAACUUCCGGGAGCUCGAGUAGUUUAUUGCUCAGCCACUGGUGCAUCAGAACCUCGAAAUAUGGGUUACAUGGUCAGACUUGGGCUUUGGGGGGUGGGAACAUGUUUCCCUAACUUUCGUGAUUUUUUAGGGGCUCUCGAUAAAGGUGGUGUUGGAGCACUAGAACUUGUUGCCAUGGACAUGAAGGCCAGGGGUAUGUAUGUUUGUCGCACACUCAGCUACAAGGGUUCUGAGUUUGAAGUUGUUGAAGCCCCGCUAGAUGUAGAAAUGAUGAAUUUGUACAAAAAGGCUGCAGAAUUUUGGGCAGAACUGCGGGUGGAGUUACUGUCAGCAAGUGCAGUUCUUUGUGAUGAAAAACCUAAUUCAAGUCAAUUGUGGCGUUUGUACUGGGCUAGUCAUCAGCGUUUCUUUAGACACAUCUGUAUGUCAGCGAAGGUACCUGCUGCUGUACGGCUGGCUAAGCAAGCGCUCCUAGAAAAUAAGUGUGUGGUGAUUGGACUUCAAAGUACUGGAGAAGCACGGACUGAGGAAGCAGUGACAAAAUAUCAAAGGACAGACGAGUAUCUUCUUGCACGAGAUGUUUAUCUAGCUGAAAUGCGGAAGAGGUACGAAGCUGCUUCUGACCGCAAGUCAAAAAUAUUGGAUAUUAUUCGUUCUUUAAGUCUUCCAAACAAUCCGCUGGACGAUAUAAUUGAUCAGCUAGGAGGUCCUGAUAAUGUGUCAGAGAUCACAGGCAGACGUGGCAUGCUUGUCAGGGCUUCCAAUGGCAAAGGUGUCGUCUAUCAGGCUCGGAACACAAAGGAAGUAGCCAUGGAAAUGGUGAAUAUGCACGAGAAGCAACUUUUCAUGGAAGGCAAAAAACUGGUUGCCAUUAUUUCUGAAGCUGGGUCUGCUGGUGUUUCUUUACAGGCAGACAGAAGGGUAACUAAUCAGAAAAGAAGAGUUCAUCUUACUCUGGAGCUACCUUGGAGUGCAGACCGUGCAAUACAGCAGUUUGGAAGAACACAUCGGUCAAAUCAAGCUUCUGCUCCAGAAUAUAGGCUUUUGUUCACAAAUCUAGGAGGCGAACGUAGGUUUGCAUCUAUCGUUGCGAAGAGGUUGGAGUCUCUUGGAGCUUUAACUCAGGGAGACCGCCGGGCUGGACCGUCGCUGAGUGCUUACAAUUAUGACAGUGGUUACGGGAAAAGGGCCCUUAUGAUGAUGUACAAAGGAAUAAUGGAACAGGAAGCUUUACCAGUUUUACCUCCUGGGUGUUCUCCUUUGAAGCCAUAUAUGGUUCAAGAUUUUAUUAUCAAGGCGAAAGCUGCUCUUGUAUCCGUGGGAAUAGUUAGAGACACAAUUCUUGGUAAUGGAAAGGUCUCUGGAAAAAUCGUAGAUUCAGACAUGCACGAUGUUGGUCGUUUCCUUAAUAGACUCUUGGGCUUGCCUCCUGAUAUUCAAAAUAGGCUAUUUGAAUUAUUCAUCAGCAUCCUUGAUCUUCUUGUUCAGAACGCGCGCUCUGAAGGACAAUUUGACUCGGGAAUAGUUGACAUUAAAGCUAAUGUUGUUGAGCUACAGGAAACACCAAAGACUGUUCAUGUGGAUCGGAUGUCUGGGGCAUCCACUGUACUGUUCACCUUCACUUUAGAUCGUGGAAUCACAUGGGAGUUUGCAAAAUCCUUGCUUGCCGAGAAGCAAAAGGGUGAGCUCGAUUCAAGUGAUGAUGGAUUCUAUGAGUCUAAGAGAGAAUGGUUAGGAAGAAGACAUUUUCUAUUAGCAAUUGAAGGUUCCACAUCAGAAGCUUAUAAAAUAUUCCGCCCUGCUGUUAGAGAGGCAUUGAGAGAAAUGCCCCUGAAGGAGUUAAAUAGCAAGUACAGAAAAUUAUUGUCACUAGAGAAGGCACGUAAAGGCUGGGAAGAUGAGUAUGAAAUUUCUUCUAAACAGUGUAUGCAUGGCCCCAACUGUAAGAUGGCAAACUUCUGUUCUGUGGGUAAAAGACUACAGGAAGUCAACGUGUUGGGUGGACUUAUUCUUCCUGUUUGGGGCACUAUAGAGAAGGCCCUCGCUAAACAGGCUCGUAAUAGUCAUAAACGGCUACGUGUUGUACGUAUAGAGACCACAACAGAUAACCAGCGAAUCGUCGGGCUCCUUGUUCCCAGUUCUGCUGUUGGAUCCGUGCUUCAAGAUUUAGCAUGGGUGCAAGAAGUUGAUGAUUGAAACCGCAAACAACAUGUUUUGUAUAAUUUACAGUUUUCAUUUUUGGGCCAGUAGUCCCCAAUCUACAGAUAAAGAGGCAUUACUUGGACGAAACAAUGACUGAAUGUUCCAUUACAUCUUCCAUUACGGCGGAAACCAGGAAGAGCAAAAUAUACAUUGCCAACGUUCUAUAUAGAAGAUACUACUAGGUUAUCAUUUUUGUUAAGUAUUGGUCUCUAUCCUAAAAUAUUGUAUAUAUUAUCAUCAUAUGUGCAGAUUAUGGAAGUACAACCGUUUUCUGUGUAUUCUACUUUUUUUCUUUCAAUAUCAAAUGCUAAGCAUCAAUUGAAAGCGCCGCACAUUUUCAU